GAGAUCGAGUGCUGAGCAGGAUGCAGGGCCGUGUGGCAGGGAGCUGCGCUCCUCUGGGCCUGCUCCUGGUCUGUCUUCAUCUCCCAGGCCUCUUUGCCCGGAGCCUCGGUGUUGUGGAGGAGAAAGUUUCCCAAAACUUGGGGACCAACUUGCCUCAGCUCGGACAACCUUCCUCCACUGGCCCCUCUAACUCUGAACAUCCUCAGCCCGCUCUGGACCCUAGGUCUAAUGACUUGGCAAGGGUUCCUCUGAAGCUCAGCGCGCCCCCAUCAGAUGGCUUCCCACCUGCAGGAGGUUCUGCAGUGCAGAGGUGGCCUCCAUCGUGGGGGCUGCCUGCCAUGGAUUCCUGGCCCCCUGAGGAUCCUUGGCAGAUGAUGGCUGCUGCGGCUGAGGACCGCCUGGGGGAAGCGCUGCCUGAAGAACUCUCUUACCUCUCCAGUGCUGCGGCCCUCGCUCCAGGCAGUGGCCCUUUGCCUGGGGAGUCUUCUCCCGAUGCCACAGGCCUCUCACCCGAGGCUUCACUCCUCCACCAGGACUCGGAGUCCAGACGACUGCCCCGUUCUAAUUCACUGGGAGCCGGGGGAAAAAUCCUUUCCCAACGUCCUCCCUGGUCUCUCAUCCACAGGGUUCUGCCUGAUCACCCCUGGGGUACCCUGAAUCCCAGUGUGUCCUGGGGAGGUGGAGGCCCUGGGACUGGUUGGGGAACGAGGCCCAUGCCACACCCUGAGGGAAUCUGGGGUAUCAAUAAUCAACCCCCAGGUACCAGCUGGGGAAAUAUUAAUCGGUAUCCAGGAGGCAGCUGGGGGAAUAUUAAUCGGUAUCCAGGAGGCAGCUGGGGGAAUAUUAAUCGGUAUCCAGGAGGCAGCUGGGGGAAUAUUCAUCUAUACCCAGGUAUCAAUAACCCAUUUCCUCCCGGAGUUCUCCGCCCUCCUGGCUCUUCUUGGAACAUCCCAGCUGGCUUCCCUAAUCCUCCAAGCCCUAGGUUGCAGUGGGGCUAGAGCACGAUAGAGGGAAACCCAACAUUGGGAGUUAGAGUCCUGCUCCCGCCCCUUGCUGUGUGGGCUCAAUCCAGGCCCUGUCAGCAUGUUUCCAGCACUAUCCCCACUUUUCAGUGCCUCCCCUGCUCAUCUCCAAUAAAAUAAAAGCACUUAUGGAA